ACAUUUCCAUAGACAUACUGAUCAGUACAAAGAGAUGUACUUUUACAAAUUAUCUUAUCAUAUAUAUUAUUCAGUGCUUCUAAGUUUUAGUGGAAAUUUAUAUUAAGUGGAUUAGUUUUUGAAUUCAUAAAUUUUUGAGAGAAGAUGUCAAUAAAUUAUUAACAGUGAUAGUUUUUUUUUUCGAAAAUGACAAAAAUGCUGAAACAAAGUUCUAUAAUAAUUGUUUUUAUUUUUUUGUACACAUUUUUGGUAAAUGGAGUUAUUUCUUUGCCAGUUGUUGAAAAAUCGAUAAAUACAAAUGACGAAACUACAUUCAAGCAAAAUGAAAUUUCCCAAACAAACAAUCAAGUUAGAAAUAAUUCAUUCGUUGAAGAAAUAAGAGAAGCCGUCUAUUUCCCCCCAUCAAAUGGAACUCUAAUGCAUCGUAUAUCAAUGCGAGUAAAAAACGAUGAGAACAAUUCGAAAAAUUGUGUAUUCAGAGUAUUUAGAGAUAAUUGCACUGAGACGUCCGAUAAACCAAUAAUAACAUUCGACUGUGAUGAAUUGAAGCGCAAAAAAAGAGACACCUCAGAACCGAAGAAAUUAAAUCCAAAUGAUGCUAAUGCCCAAAAAUACGCCACAAUAGGAGUUGAAAAAUAUGCCCACACAAUGUCACAUUCGAGUGGUUCAACUUUGGAUAAGGUGCUGGAUGGCUACACAUAUCAACCGGGACAGAGUCUUCUUUAUAAAAUCAGAAUACUAAUGAACAAUUGUGAUGGUAAAAAGAUGGACGAUUGCAAAAAGGCGGAAUGUAUUGUUUACGUCUGGCAGGAGAGAAUUGUUGAUGAACCUGUGAGUAUUGAGUGUUAUUCAAUUAGAACAAAAAGAAGUGAAGAUUUAGUCAGUCUAGGCCUGGACAAUCCGGAAAUAAGGAAAUAUGUCGAUUUGGCAGUCGAAAGACACGUGUCCCCUUUAUCAGCAGCGAAGGAUAAGAACUCAGUUCUGUUGGAAUUUGACGAAGCUAUUGCAUAUCCGCCAAGUGGGAGUCUCCGAUACAAGAUCAAACUGAGAAUAGGGAACGACAACUGUACAAAGGGUCAGAAGCACCAGGACUGUAGAUACGAUUCCACUUUUGGUUCCGAUGAUUGUGUAAUCAAUGUCUACAGAGAGGGAAACAAGGAGUGGGUCAGAACCAGAUGCUCUAGAAUCGGGAGAAGGAAACGUGAAGCACUAACUAUGGAAGACGGGGAUAUUAAGAAGUACGUGGAUAAUUUUAUGAAGACCCAUGAUUCCAGAGGAGGAAAACAUAGGAAACUGAUUCUCCAGGAGUUCAAGGAAGCCAGUUCUUAUCCUCCUCCCAGCGAGGUUCAGUAUAAGAUAAAAUUACGAAUUGGGACAUCUAAUUGCAGCAAAGAAGAAGAGGAGAAUUGUGUCAUCGACUACGAUGUUGGACACGAGGAUUGCGAACUUAAUGUCUAUAGAGGAAGCACUGAGGAACCUGCGGUACAAACUAUGUGCUCCAGUGUUCUUCGUAGAAAACGAGAAGUUGAGGAUGCUCCCAAAAAGUUAGAACUUGAAGAUCCGGAAAUUAAGCAGUACGUCGAAAAUUUACUCAAAAGUCAUGUUUCUCCGGUGGAAAGCGCCAAAGACAGAAAGAUAAUCCUCAUGAAAUUUAAAGAAGCCAGUUCUUAUCCACCUCUUAGCGAGGUUCAGUACAACAUAAAAUUACGAAUUGGGGCAUCAAAUUGCACCAAGGGAAGCGAAGAAGUGAAUUGUGUUAUCGACCACGAUGUUGGACACGAGGAUUGCGAACUUAAUAUCUACAGGGGUAGUGACAAGGAACCUGCGAUACAAACCGUCUGCUCCAGUAUUCUCCGUAGGAAACGAGAAGUUGAGCAUGUUUCCAGAAAGUUAGGAUAUCCUUCUGUUACUUAUGGGAUUUUUUAGUGUCACCAUACCCCUUGCCGGAUCAAGAUGAAUCUUAGGUCAUCUUUUUGCAUUUCUACUACUCUGUCCGAAUAUAUUUAAACAAAGAAAUUAUUUUCCAUUCUGACUUAUUUGUCAUAUAGUCAUCUUUCUAUUGCUCGAUAAUGCUUAUCUUUGCUUUUAAAGUGACAAACUAAAUAGCUUUCCUAUGUUAAUUGUUUUAUUUUUAGUGACACUUUCAAUUGACGUCAUUUCUAAAAGUUCCUCUUCGGAUAGUUUUGAGGACCUUUAAAUCUUGAUAUUCAUUUUGAAUUCCUAUGCUAGAAAUAUUGAUGAAGGAGAGAAGGGCAGGGAUAUAAGUGUAUAUAAAUAAAUAAAUAUUACUUAUAAAUUUUUA